AUGAAUUCUAGGGUGAAGGGCUUGAGAAAAGCCAUCCAAGAGGAUGCCAACAUCAGUCGCUUCGUGGACUUGACCAAUACACAUUUACCGAGAUUGCCAAGAGCAUCAGCGAGAUACCUUGUUGCAAAAGUUCCUAUCGUGCAGUGGAUUCCACAUUAUUCUCUCCCUUGGCUGUGGAAUGAUCUAGUGGCCGGCAUUACCAUUGGAAUUCUUCUAGUGCCCCAGAGUCUGGCAUAUGCAAAAGUUGCCAAUAUCCCUUCCAGCUAUGGUCUCAUCUCAAGUUGGAUCCCGACGCUCUUCUAUGCAAUUAUGGGCACUUCCAAAGAUGUAACUGCUGGCCCAACUGCAAUCAUGGGUCUACUCACUGGUGAAAUUGUGAAUGACCUAACCAGUGAAGGUUAUAGCGCCCAAUCUAUCGCGAGUGCAGCUGCUUUUUGGGUGGGAAUAUACUCGCUGAUUCUCGGUCUCUUCCGCCUUGGAUUUCUUCUCGACUUCAUCCCUCUCCCCGUUCUCUCCGGAUACAUUUCUGCCGCUGCCAUCACCAUAGUUCUUCAGCAACUCAAAGGGCUGUUUGGCGAAGGCAAAAAAGGCAGUGGCACAGCGGGUGUCAUCCGUGAAUUUUUCGUCCGUCUUCCUUACACAAAUUGGCGGGCUUUCUUAAUUGGAGCAUCCGGCAUUGCUUUUCUGUUAGCAUUGCAAUUUGUAGGUCGCAAAUGGGGCAAGAAAUACCGUGCUCUUUGGUAUCUUUCUGUUGCCCGAAAUGCGCUCGUUCUUAUUCUUUUUACAUUGAUCAGUUGGGGUGUGAACAAGGACCGCCGGAAGGACCCUCUUUUUGGAAUCUCUAAAGUGACUGGCACAGGAAUUAUUCCUCCAAAGAAGCUAGAUAGCGUUCUGCUUCUCAAAGUCGCUGGUCGCAGCGUGGCAGUAUUCGUAGCUGCUGCCCUGGAGCACCUUGCUAUUGGGAAGGCAUUUGCCCGGCGCCAUGGCUAUGUUAUCGAACAAGACCAAGAACUUGGAUACAUUGGGAUCGUCAACUUGUUCGGAAGUUUCUUUUCUUGUAUGCCAAUCACCGGAGGCUUUUCACGUACUGCUGUGAACUCAGAGUCUGGUGUCAAGACCCCCCUUAGUGGCUUGGCCACCACUGCUUGUGUGCUUGUUAGCAUUUACAAACUAACUGGUGCAUUCUACUGGAUCCCUUCCGCCACCCUUGCAGCGAUUAUCACAGUCGCCGUAUGGCAAAUUAUUAUCCCAUUCCACGUUUUCUGGCACUAUUGGAAGACCUCCUUCGCCGACUUUAUCGGCAGUAUGGUUGCCUUCUGGGUAACGCUAUUUGUCGACGUUGAGAUUGGAAUUGCUGCUGCGGUCGGCUACAGUCUUGUCUACGUCUUACUGAGAAUCGCCUUUUCUCGUGUGACUUUGGUCACAACUCAUAAUUUCUCAAAAUUAUACCCAUCAGAGUCAUCAGAAUCAUCAGAGUCCAAAGUCCCAGCCAUACCUGAUGACACUAUGGUCUUUUUGCUUCAGGACUCUGUGCUCUACCCUAAUGCUGCUCGUAUCACACGUCAGAUUACUAAUGCGAUCUAUACAUUCAGUUCGGGGACAGAUGAAGUCACUUCUGAUAAUUACACAACAAACAAGGACUCAGCUGGGGACGCCAAUAGAUUGUGGAACGAUACAAAAUCUGCUCACAUCAGGAGACUGCGGAAAGACGCGGGCACUGAAAACACAGAGGAGAGCCCUCUACCCAAGCUUCGAACUGUUAUUUUGGAUAUGACCCGUGCUGCGCACGUUGAUGCUACUGCAAUGCAGGCUUUGGCUGAUAUACGAAGUAAUUUGAAAGAGUGGGCAGGCCCAAAUGCAGAGCUCAGAUUUGUGGGUCUCAAUGAGAGGGUCAAAGACCGUUUUAAGCGGUCCGAGGACUACUUUCAAUCUUUGAAAAGUAACAAGUCUCCCAGGGACGAGGGAUACAUUGUGUUUGAUGUUUUGCAGACUGCACUUUAUGAUUCUCAGUCAGGAGACGAGGAAGUGCACGCAAAGCAAUGA